AUGGAUCUCCCCGAGCAGAUCGUUUACCUGAUCAUACGUUUUGCAUCAUCGAUACCUGACCUCCCUCUCGCUGUUAAUUCACCGAGGACCACGACGACCCUUUCUCUAAAACAGCUCAUCAGACCUCAUCUACCCUUCAGCAAUGCUGCCUCGCGCCUGCGCCUCAUCUAUGCAGGAAAGGUGCUCGCAGACACCACGCCGCUCUCUAGCUCGCUACGAAUACCAGCGCCUCCGCCGCCACCUCCACGAAGGGACGAGGCGCAAUCUGAGAAUGGCCCACAUAGCAAGGGCAAGGGAAAGCAGCCGGUUCGGGAUGUCUCCCCUAUGCCAGACAGCGCCGACAUCCCACCCGACGUGAAGCGCUACUACAUCCACUGCUCCCUAGGCGACGCGCUCAGCGCCUCCGAACUCGCCGCCGAAGCCACCCUCGCCGAAAACACUGAAGCCUCACUGAAGUCACAAUACCAGUCCCACUCCUCCGGACACCGCGCCAGCCGUGCCUCGAUAGGCAGCGACCAUGGCCCCCGCCGACGCUCCAGCACCGCAAAUGCGCCUGCGGCACCACAAGGCUUCGAUCGGCUCCUCUCGUCGGGCUUCACGCCCCAGGAAGUCGCCACCCUGCGGUCGCAAUUCCAGACCAACCUGUCUUAUACGCACACGCCGGACACAAUGCCCUCGGCGGCCGAGAUGCGCGCGCUGGAGGACCGAUGGCUGGACUCGACGGCAACGGAUCCGUCUGCUGCGUUGACCGGAGAGGGGGCCGAGACUGGGUGGGGCGCGGGGUUUGCCGUUGAGGAGGGCGGGCUGGACGAUAUGCUUUGGGGGUAUUUGACGGGGUUCUUUUGGCCGCUUGGGGCGUUUCAUUGGGGUUUAGAGAGGAGGGGGUGUGGGCGAGGAGGAGGCAGGUUGCGGUAG